AUGGGAUGUUCAUGCAAUAGUCUAUUGUCCGUUUCCUCAUCUAUCUAUCUAUCUCAGUCCGUUUCCUUAUCUAUCUAUCUAUCUAUCUAUCUAUCUAAGUCCGUUUCCUUGUCUAUCUAUCUCAGUCCGUUUCCUUAUCUAUCUAUCUAUCUAUCUAUCUAUCUAUCUAUCUAUCUAUCUCAGUCCGUUUCCUUAUCUAUCUAUCUAUCUAUCUAUCUAUCUAUCUAUCUAUCUAAGUCCGUUUCCCUAUCUAUCUAUCUAUCUAUUCAUCUAUCUAUCUAUCUAUCUAUCUAUCUAAGUCCGUUUCCUAUCUAUCUAUCUAUCUAUCUAUCUAUCUAUUGUAGCAUAUAUUUUUCGUUAUUUCUGUUUGCAUGGCCGCCAAGAACACAUUCCUUCCUUUCUUUUUUUCUUUCUUUUUUUCUUUCUUUUCUUUGUUUCUCCGUUUCUUUGUUCUGUUGCUUUCUUUCUUCCUGCAUUUCUUUCUCUUCUUGUUUUCCUCUUUUCUUUGUUUCUGUUUAUGUCUUUCAUUUUGGCUUUCCUUUUUAUCUAUUUCUUUUCGUUAUUUAUUUCCUUUUUUCUUUCUUUCUUCUUUCUUUCUUUUUCGUCAUUUCCUUUUUCUUUCUUUCUUUCUUUCUUUCUCGUUAUUUCCCUUUUCUUUUUUCUUUUUCGUUAUUUCUUUUUCUUUCUUUUUUUUUUCUCCUUAAUUUCCUAUUUUGGUUGUGUCUUUCUCUUUCGUUAUUCAUUUUUCUUUCUAUCUUUUUCGUCAUUUCCUUUAUCUUUCUUUCUUUUUAUUUCAUUUUUCUUUCUUUCUUUUUCGUUAUUUAUUUUUCUUUCUUUUACGUUAUUUCCUUUUUCUUUCUUUCUUUCUUUCUUUCUUUCUUUCUUUCUUUCUUUCUUUAUUUCUUUCUUUCUUUCUUUCUUUCUUUCUUUCUUUUUCUUUAUUUCUUUCCUUCUUUCUUUCUUCCUUCCUUCCUUUAA